AUGUCGUAUCACCUUCACAUGUUGUGUUCUCGUUCUCUCUCUGUUUCUCUCAAAAACUCACUCUUCGUGUUAAACUCGCGGCGAACACAAACAACAGAAUACACGAGCGAAGACGAACGUUUCAUGCUCCGCGCGAUCGAACUCGCGAACACGGUGACGUACGAAGAGCACACGAACCCGAACCCAAUCGUCGGGUGCGUUUUGGUCGACCCUUCGACGAACGAAAUCGUCGGCGAAGGGUACCACCCGAAAGCGGGCGAGCCGCACGCGGAGGUAUACGCUUUAAGAGCCGCCGGGAAGAAAGCGAAAGGCGCGACCGCGUACGUGACUUUAGAGCCGUGCAAUCACUUUGGGAGAACCGCGGCGUGUUCGAGAGCGUUGGUUGACGCGGGCGUGAAGAGGGUACUGAUUGGCGCGUACGAUACGGAUCCAAGAGUCGCUGGAGGCGGGAUGAAAACGUUGUUAGAUCGAGGCAUAGAAGUCGUCUGCGGGUGCAAAGAAAAAGAAGCGACGGAGAUGAACCGGGCGUUUUUCGAUAGGAUUGAAAAGGAGAGACUCGAGAAAGAAGCGCAAACGCGACAGAAUAAGACAUAG